AUGAUGGAUAACAAAGAGAGCUUAUCAGAUCGUAUUCAAAGUCUCCAGGACGACAUUGUAAAUUUCAAUGGCGAUACAAAAGACUUCCAAUCUUUAAGCAACAAGUUAGCGAUUUUUGUACCGAAAACAAGUGCAUUCCUGGCACUAUGGCCGGCAGUCAAUGCAUUACGUCAAAAUAAGAUCACUGACCAACACGUAAGGCGACUUGGUUUUUUUUUCAAACAAUCGCUUGGUCCUGACGAACACCUAUUGAGCAAAGAUCUCAAGCUUAGCACGCGUCAAACGCUUAGGCGUGUCAAAUUCUAUACAGCCUUGCUCAUUGGCAUAUCCCUCUCAAUUGCAUAUCUCAGGCGUUUAAAGGGUACAGAUCUUGACGUAAUAUGCAGCCUUGCUGCAUAUUUUGUGGACAAGUACAAACUCGAUACCUGUUUUUCCAACAAGAAGAUUCGCGACGCCAUUGAGAAGGCUGAAUCCAAUGAAUUGCCGUUCGCCGACUGGCACUCAGUUAAAGAAAUUUGCAAAACAUCGAUUGGCUCUGCAAAGAAGGUCCCGGCGAUCGAUAUCCCACCAAACGACAACAGUCCACCAAACGACAACAGUCCACCAAAUGACAACAGUCCACCAAAUAAGCGCAGGAGAGAGGAUGGGGCCAACGAUCAAACAGCUCAACCUUUGCAAAAAAAGGCGAGAGAAGAUACCCCAAAUACAUUCAAGUUUCCAGCCCCUAUAAUAGAUCUUCCCCUCGAUGUUCCCGCUGACACACCUGUCUAUGAGAUCAAGCUUGACGAAGGUCUCGCUCGCGUGGGCACGACAUCAUGUAUCAUCCACGAUAAAGCAACACUGGUUCAUUACAAUAAUGGGGAUAUAUUUUUGACGUACAUUCUGAAGGACGAAAAAGGGGGAGGGCUUAUAGAACUAGAGAAUAGUCGCCUGCUCUGCCCAGUUGAGGGCUCACUAGACGGAGAUGCUAUAGACAUCACAUAG